AUGGCCAAAUGCCACUCGGGAAAGAUUGUCGGAAUUGAUAUUUCAGACACGGUGACGAAGGAAAUGAACGAAAAGCACAAGAAGAACCUGGAACAGUUCCCCUCUAUGUGUCCUGUGGAGUACAAAACGGUGGAUGCCACGACAAUGGAGUAUUCGCAUGAGUUUGACGCGGUCAUCGACAAGGGCACGCUGGACGCUCUGAACUGCGGUCGUUGA